GUCGGCCACACCGGGAGGCCGCGGACACUGCCACGGCAGCUACGGAGGCUUCUGCAAUCGCUGUGGUGUUGUAGCGGUAGUCACUGCACCUUCUGAGAUGCCUAUUCCAAAGAAAAAAAGCCAUAACAAUUGUUGUGUGGUUGGCUGCAGCAAUACCUACGAGAACGCGCCCGACACUAGGUUCUAUAGCUUCCCUUCGAAACCGUACGAGGUGGAGCGCCGCGCGGCCUGGAUUCGACUUGUGCGUCGAUGCAACGCCGAUGGAACAACGUGGGAACCCACAGCUAACUCCAAAAUAUGCAGCAAGCACUUCAUCGGGAACGAGAAGCGGAACGAGGUCGCCCAUCCAGCCUAUAACCCGUCGAUCUUUCCGCCAGCCUACAUGAAGAGAGAGGUGCUGGGAAUCGCAGAACGACACGACAGGAAACUGAAGAGGGACGCGCACAGUGUUGCAGCAUCAGCGACAAGUGGACCCGAGAGUGGCGCGACCAUGGAGCAGCCAACGGAGCUACCCCAACUUUGUCCUUUAACAGUCGACGCUUGCACCAUGACCAAUGACGAAGGGACAGAUUUCUCACUGUGCAACCAGUUCUUUUGUUGCAUCGUGGGAAAUGAGGCUGCAACCUUUGUCAGCCACAAGGCGGUACUGGACCAAGGAAGCGGGCCGGACAAACCAGCAGUCGUGGACAAGGGAGUGGGACCAGCCUACAAAGAGCCUUGUUUCAUGGGCUACAACUCGGUUCGGCAUGAUGAGGCGAGGCUGGAAAGCCUUAGUGCCACAUCUUUCUCGUUAUUUGCUCUCCUUUUAAGCUUGCUUCCAGAUGUCCCAAGGAGGCAGAAUGAGCUCUCGGCCGAGAAUUGGCUUUUGCUGUUUUUAAUUAAGCUCAAACACAAUGUGCCAUUUUCAUGUUUGGGGGUUCUGUUCACUGUGGACCGCAGGACUGCCGCACGAAUGUUUACGCGAACACUAGAAACCCUCUGUGCCAGGACAAAGAGCUGGAUUUGGUGGCCGAGUAGGGCCGCCAUUCAGGCUACCAUGCCACCGAGUUUUAAGGUUAACUACCCUCUUUGCAGGGUUAUUAUAGACUGCACAGAGAUGACAGUUGAAAUGCCCCCCACCGUCGAGCAGCAAAACCUGUGGUACUCACAGUACAAGGGAUGCUUCACUGUGAAGUAUUUAAUCGGAAUUGCACCCAGCGGGCUGGUGACGUUUCUUUCUGAUGGGUUUGGAGGACGCACAAGCGAUACUGCCAUCACAGUAGAAUCUGGAUUUUUGCUCAAGCUGCAGCCAAACGAUGUUGUCCUCGCUGACAAAGGCUUCCCAGGGAUAGUGACUGGUGUCGGCGCCCAAAGAGCCACGUUGGUGAUGCCACCGUUUGCAUCGGGUGCACAGUUUACCGAGGUAGAGGUGGACUCUACGUACGCUACUGCCUCCGUCAGGAUACACGUAGAAAGAGUUAUUCAAAGGGUGAAAAUCUACACCAUCACCAGACGUAUUUCGCACCACCUGAUCCCACACUUGGACAAUGUUAUGCACAUUUUAUGUGUCCUAACAAACCUAAGGCCAGGGAUAUUUAAGUCACAGAAGGAGCAGUAGUCUUCCGCCUAAGCUGCAUGACUCGGCAAAGAGCAAAAGUUUAAGCCUCAGUGAUCUGUCAACGAAUAAAACAGAAAAAAAAAGCUGCGUUUUAGUUUGUUCUCAAAAGAAAUUAACCGUAAGUUUGUGGUGUUUCCUUCAUGAUGCAUUCUCUCCCGGCCUCUGGAGAACAGUAGGAUACAAGAUUAUUUUCAGUUUACAGAUCACUUUGCAAUCCUUAGUAAUGCCUUCGUGCAAUAAUGAUUCAGAAACAAAAUAGUGUUUUGAUUUUUUAUUUAGGCUUCUGUACAGUGUAUUGCAAUUCUCAGUUUUUUAAAAGGUUAAGAAGCGCAAACAAAACGAGGACGAGGAAGCCACGAAUAUGACUGGACAGGUGCUAACUCACAACUGAUUUUAUUAGAAAUUCAUCGUAGCUUAUAUCCACAAAUUCCCUUGCUUGACUUGCAUCGCAACAAUUUGCC